AUGCCAAGCUGUGAGCACAUUCCGCCAGAUCGGUUCCACGGCGUGGAGUCGCGACGCCACACAGAUGCUUGUGUGCGACAACUUUCACGUAGCAAGGAGUUCCAACGCUACAUAACCCAUAGGGAAUACAGCGAGUCUUUGCAACUAACGUGGUUUAUGGCUCUGAUUGGCUUGUCAAUUGCCCUCUAUUACCAUCUCUUGUUUGUCUAUCGAGAUAUGUAUUUGGCGCCAUUUGGGAAUUUUGAGGCCAAUACCAUUCCCUCUUUGUUUUCAACGGCACUGCUGCUUUUUUACAUUGCCCCAUGCGUUCUCAUUGCGCCUUUUAGUGGCUUUUUUGAAACUCUCCCGAGUCGAGGGGCUUUGCGUUUGGCGGUGGUCUUUACGUUUAUCAACAUGGCUGUUGUUUCAUUUGGCGGUAAGUGGUUACAUCACCCACCGUUUCUCAUCACUGAGCCUCCCAUACCGUGGAUUACUGGCAAAACUUCUGAGGCAAGGCAACUAGUUACAGUCACGUUAACACGCACAUUGCCCCUGCAAGGCGGCGUUGUGGCGGGAUGGUUGGUGUAUAAAUGGAGAAGAAUGCGGUGGAAGAAAGCAUGGCAUGUGCCAUUGCCGCUUAUUACCGUUCCUAUUCUUGUUGGCGUCUUUAGUUGUCUUUGGUUUUUUCUUGCUACUUGUUUUGUUACAUCAUUAACAACAACCUCUUUUUUUUUUCCUGUUGGGGGAGAUACAAGGGCAGUGGGUGGCGAUGUGGUGAGCAACAUUCUCUCGAUGGUUUUGGCGAUUAAGCAAGAAUUUCUUAUCGUCUUGAAUUGGCUCUCACUUCCUGUGUCAUUACCAGAUGCUAGGAUUCUAUAUCACCUAUGGUGUGCCACCUUGGAACUCUGUGUAUUGUACUUUUUGGGCGUGUUCUUGUCUUCGUUUUCUUUUGUUUUCAGGGGGAUAUUUUGGCUGCUACCCACGCACCCAACUACAUGGCUGUUGUCGCUUAUUUCUUGUCUUGUGGGAUUGAAUGCUUUGAUGCGGAGCGACAGCGGUAAUAUUCUGCAUGUUUUGGGUCUCCUCACGCUUGCAUGCAUGCUGGUACGCAAUGGCUUUUUGAUUACUCCCUGA